AAUACUUGCCAUUCACGUACCGAAUACGAUUGUGAGAAUAUCAGAGUGUCUGCUUGCCUGUUGCCUGUACUCCAUUAUUUGUCAAUUACACCAUAAUAGUUACUUGUAAAUUCUACCGCGACAUUAUACAGACACAAUAAUAUUAUUACACCAUAUUAGCCAUGCAGACGCCGGUGACAUGGUUCGUGUGCCUACUUCUGUUGGUGACUCGGUCCACUUCGGGAUACACGAUCGACGAACAUCGUGCGGAGGACUACGAAGCCGACCAGAAAGAGAGUAAACAGCGAGAUAUAAAACCGGAGUCUGUGUUAAUGGGCAUCGCCAAGACGUUGAUCGGUGGCAAAAUGGGAGCGACCAGUGGUCAAAACCACUACUGUAUAGACCGUGAUGUAUACCAGAGGUCAGCCCGGGGUUUCUGCAAACUGUCCUCUCUGACCACUUUGUCCAGUCCCUGUAAAUUUUUCAAGAUGGCCAACGGAUUUUGCGAUCUGCCCGACAUCUUGGCUAGUAUUUAAAAAAAAAAUUAUAAUAGAAUACCCUGUCAGAAAAUUUUUCGGGAAUCUUAUUUCUAAAACUGUACUUGGGUUUACUGUUUAUAAUAUGCAUAAUAUACUACCUGCUAUUUACUUCUGCUUUCAAUCAAUU